CCGAUCCCGUACAGUGAGCAAAAUCCUUGAAACAUUACGUACAGAUAUGACACACGAGGUCAAUCACGUUCGGAAGCUCAAUAAGCCUAAAACUAAUUACAAAGCGUAUCAUAGCAUCGGUUUCUCUUGGAUAUGACGUCACAUGCGAGUACUGAGGAUCGAGAGUAGAUGGUAUAUAAUAGGUCAGCCGCCUCGAUGCAUCACAGUUCAACUUCAGCUUCAUCCACAUUAGGUUUGGAGUGUUCCAACAAAUUUACAAAAUGAAAUUGUUCGUGAUCGCUGCCCUCGUCGCCGUGGCCGCUGCCGGCCGUCUGGAACACCUGGAACGCUCCUACCUUCCUCCGGACAACAACUCGGUCGGCUCAGCCAGGUCCUUCGGUUCAAACGGAGGCUUCGGAUCCUCUCAGGGUGGAUUCGGCUCAAACUCCCACGGAUCUUUCGGAAACUCCGGUGCCUUUGGCUCUGCUGGCUCCGGCCUGGGCCGCCAAAACGGUGGAUUCUCCUCUGCGGCUACUUCGAACAAAUACCUUCCCCCUAACCAGGGAUCUGGAAACUCUGGUGCUUUUGGCUCCGGCGGUUUCGGUUCUUCCGGCAAUGGACAGCACGGUGGAUCUGGCGGUUUUGGUUCUUCCGGCAACGGCCAGCACGGUGGCUCCUUCUCUCAGGCUACAUCCAACAAAUACUUGCCUCCUAACCAAGGCUCCGCUGGAUCUGGUGCUUUCGGAAACGGUGCCUUCGGAUCUGCUGGAUCUGGUAUCUCCCGCCCCAACGGUGGAUUCUCCUCUGCUGCUACCUCCAACAAGUACUUGCCCCCCAACCAAGGCUCCGGCUCAAACGGUGUGAACCAGUUCGCUCGCUCCCAACAAGGUUUUGGUGGUGCCCAAAACUACCGCAGCCAGCAAUACAACCAGGGUUCCUCUCAGUACAGCCAGAACGGUCAGUCCCAGUUCUCCGCCCCGAGCUCUCAGUACGGCGCCCCCAGCUCCCAGUACAGCGCUCCCAGCUCCCAGUAUGGCGCCCCUAGCUCCCAGUACUCUCAGUCUGGUGCCGCCAGCCGCCAGUACCUGGCCCCCAGGGCCGGCCCCUCCCAAUCUCAGGGCCCUCAACAGAGCUUCGAUGAACAGACCGGCUACCAUUACUAAGUGUGUUCAUAAUCGACCUAGAUUUGUUUAGUCAAUUGAAAUGUAUUGUUUUGUAUAUAAAUAAAAGAUGUGUAUAUAUUA